AUGCCGGAAGGUGGGGUCGUUCACAUAAAUCUUUGUAAUCCUGCCAGUGACUCUGCUAUUAAUUAUAAUCAUUCCAACCGGGGAAUAAUACUUAUGGCCAUCGCUAUCGAGAAAUGGAUCCUCCAUCGCAGAAUAGCUCUGACGGUGUCCAUGAUUGUCGUCAUGAAGCAGGAAUCUUACUGUGGAUAUAUCUUAAUAGUGAUGUCAUUCUAUUGGGUUUUCGAAUGCAUGCCUAUAGCCGUUACUGCUUUGAUACCACUGGCCCUAUUCCCCGUGUUUGGUAUUAUGGAUGGUGGCGCUACAGCUUCGAUGUAUUUCAAGGACACCAGCGCUCUGUUACUUGGAGGUAUAAUGAUGGCUAUUGCAAUUGAACACUGGAAUCUUCAUCGGCGAAUAGCGUUAUCUGUUUUGAUGAUUUCCGGCACGAAACAAAGAUGGCUGCUCCUGAGCUUUAUGUUGGUCACGUGGUUUUUAUCAGCGUGGAUGAGCAAUACAGCUACCACGGCAAUGAUGUUACCCAUAGCCCAAGCUGUAUUGGUUCGAUUAUCAGAAAUAAACACAUUACAAAAGGAAGAGUACACCAAGGAAUCUCAUCAUAUAGAGAUGGGGGACGUGUAUGACGACACCACUGGUACGGAGUAUAUCGUGAAGAAUGACACAGAGCAACAGAACGGUUCUUCAAAUACUUUACAAGACAACACAUCACAUUUUCUCAUACGAGAGGAAAAAGCUACUGAUGCAGAGAUAAAGAUCGAAGAUGAUAGCAAUGGUUUACAGCUAUCAGAAGAUUAUCGAUUAUUUGGAAAAGCUUUGAUGUUAGUAAUAUGUUACGCCGCUAAUGUUGGUGGCACAGCUACAUUGAUUGGUACAUCACCCCAACUUAUAUUACUGUCAAAUUUGGAUGAGCGCUUUGAUGAUCAUCCUCUCAAUUUUCUAUCUUGGUUUAUAUUCAGCUUUCCGUCAUCUUUCCUAUUUAUAUUCAUAACCUGGUUUUGGUUGCUGUUCAUGUACUUAGAUUUGUGUCCAUGGAGAAAGUCUGGUUUAGCAUCAUGUUCAUGUAGUUGUAAGACGAAUGAAGAAGAAAUAUUGAUAAAAAAAAUUAUCAGGGAAGAUUUUAAAAACCUUGGACCUUUUAGUUGGGCUGAACUGUGUGUGUUGACGCUGUUCGUUACGCUGUGUGUAGCGUGGAUAACCAGGGAUAUUGGUGGAUACGGAUGGACUGACCUCUUCCCAGAAGAAAUACAUUCAACAGAUACAUCCAAGACUGCAUCAAAAUCAAGCCUACUAACCUGGAAAAUCGUCAAUGAAAAGAUGCAAUGGGAUGUGUUUUUGUUACUGGGUGGUGGGUUUGCCUUAGCGGAAGGAAUGGAGGUCUCAGGUCUCUCUCAGUGGAUUGGUGACCAGUUAUCGUCACUUGGGUCUUUGGAAGACUGGGUUAUUGUUCUUGUCUGUUCUACAUUGGUGUGCUUCUUCACAGAAGUGACUAGCAAUGCUGCAGUUGCAACCAUAUUUAUACCCAUUAUAGGGGCUCUGGCAGGGAGUAUUUGUCUACAUCCUCUGUAUGUAUUGAUGCCAUGUGCGAUCUUGAUCUCUUAUGCAUUUAUGUUACCAGUAGCAACCGCCCCAAAUGCCAUGGCGUUUGCUAAUGGAUUGCUGACUAUACCUGAUAUGGCAAUCACGGGAUUCGGACUCAACAUACUUGGAAUUCUAUGGAUAAAUUUGUGGGUGAAUAGUUAUGGUAGAGGGUUAUUUGAUUUGGAUGAGUACCCAGACUGGGCGAAGACUGAUAAUACAACAUGUGCGGACACAACCGUCAACGUCACAUUACUUUAA